GUUGUUGUUGUAAUUAUAAAUUAGUUUUAAUUAUAGUAAGGAUAAGUAUGCCUUCUUUAUUCAUUAAUUUAUAUUUUAUUAUUAAUUUAAUCAAUAUCUUUUGUAUAUAACUUUGAUCUUUGAUUGGAUUUUUGAAAUUUUGAAUAAUUCAGAUAGCCUAUGUUUUGGCAUUAUAUAAUUUUGUCUGUGGAUUUAACAAUUUGUUUUUUGAGGUUUUGGCAUCAUCAACUUGAGGAUUUGUUGGUUUUGUUAUCAUUUUUUUAUUUUUUUUUUCUUUCAAUUUUCUUUUAAUUUAAUUAAUCCAUUGUAUACUGAGUGUCAAAGUUAAGAUAAUAGUUUAUUGUGAUAAUAUUUUGACUUGUGUUUUUUUGGCUAUUCAAUAUAAUUGUUUUGUGCAUCGUGUAUGGCCGUAUGGGUGUCAAUAUCAGUUGGUGGGUCGGGUUCAAAUCUAACUUGAUGUUGACUCGAUCCAAGCUUGUCUAUUUAUCAUAUUGGUCAAAAUGUUUUACAAGAACGCGAUUCAAAUCGAACCAGCCUAAUCCAAAUCUAACCCAUUUGACUUGUUUAUUACAUGAAUUUUGUAAUUUUUUUAGAUCAACGUGAUAUGUUUAUCUCAAAUAUAACGUGUUUAACCCGGAAACAACCAAUUUAAUCUUAACAUGAUUCAUUUGACCUAAAUCCAAAUGACAAUUGGGUUGAUUUGAGAUAAUUUUGGGUUUUGGGUCAACCUGAAUCUGGCUCGUUACAUCAUAAUCUUCUAUCCCCUUUAAAAAAAAAAAAUCCACACAAUAACAAUUUUUUCUUUCUGCAAUCACCCAAAUGAGCCCUUCAGUAAUGUCCAAAUAAAAAUUAAAUAACUUUAGGACUUCUUUGGAUGUUAAAAAGGUGAAAAGAAUGUUUUAUAUAUAUCAUAUCUAUGGUUUCAUAGCAUGUCAAAGCCUUUAAUUUGCAUAAUUUUUAUUCACUUCAGCCAAACACACCUCGAGAAUCCCAUUAUGUGCUGGAACAUGUAAAUCUGUUCUUAGAUGCUCCUGAAAGUGGCAGUUCUGACGUUUUAUUGUGGGGGGGAGUGUGAAUUUGAAAGAAAUAAAUAAUUUUCUUCUACUUUCAAACUACAAACAUAAUCCCUUACAUCGUUUUCUGUGUGUUUCAAAAUAUACUCUUUAGUUUCCAUAGCCACUUAACAGCCAUAUGAAAACUUUCUUAGAAAGGCCUCUUACCGAUUGCAUAUUUGCAUACCCCACAAGCGCUCAUCCGAAAAGGAUUAGACUCUUUAUUUUAUUAUGUGAAAUUAUUCUUAUCUUAACCAAGCUGUUAAUUUUGAGUAAUUGACACAUGAUCGAUGGAUGGGAAGGUGAAAGCGGAAGAAAAUAGAUGAUUAUAAAUCAGAAAUAGCAAUAGGCAACCAGAAAAAUGUUGCAAACCAUUCUUAUUCACAUUUUAUUGGGUAUUCAAGAUUUGUGGCAGGCUAAUUAUCAUUGGAUGAAGUAUACUUAAUAGUAAUUAUGCCAUUAAGUUAUUAAAAAUAGAUAAAAUAAAGUAGUAAAUAGAAUGUUAAAAUUCUGGCGGCUUUCUUAGUUGGAUUGCAACAGAAUUCUAUUGCAUUGUUUCUCUUCUCCGGAAGAAUUUUGGGCACAAAGUUUGGUGACGUCUGUGACUCCAUUAUCCGGCAAGUGCUAAAGUGUAGAUGUUUAGGGUGUUGAAAGCAGGAGAGAUGUUCGAUUCAGGUGGAAGGGUAAUGAUCUAAGCGUUAUCAUUGAUCUGUUUGGCUAUUGAGAAGAGUCCUCAUUUCCGGGGCUUCUGCUUCAAAAAUUGUUACUGCAAGAAAAUUGUUGUUUAUGAAGGUAGGCUCUAGUGAAAAUCUGCCUGUUUCGUAGAGAGCUUGUUUUUGAAGUUGGUGGCCAUGUCUGCAAUUAGUUUACUCUGACUUUUGGGUGAAUCCAUAGUAUGAUUAGGGACUUUGGUGCUUAUUAUGCUGAAAGGCGGCGUUCCUUGAUGCGGAGCAUUUUAGUUAUAGUAUUCCUUAUGAGUAGUUUAUUUAAGUUUGUUCUUACUAGUUUUUAGAAUGUUCUUAAAAAUGCUUCUUAGGACUAGCUUAGUAAUAGUUUCUAGAAUAUUCCUAUUAGCCUUAGCAAAUUAUUGUAGUAAGAAGGAUAUGAUGAAUAUUAUUCUCUUUUGAAGCUUAGUUCUUGUCUUUGUUCCCUUGGAUUGGGAAUUCCCUUCAAGCAGGUCCGAUUCUUCCGAUGAUCACCACAUCAUUUAUGUUGACUGAAUUGUCAUAGAAUUAGAUGUAAAUUAAGCUCAUUCAUGAACUCCAUCCCAUUAUUUGGAAUAAUCAUCGAUGAGAAAACGAAUUUCUUCGAUCAAUUGCUACCCGCGAGAAGUUUUGGUAAUGCACAAUUGAUUCCCUUUAUAUACAUGCCAUGCUUUAUGUAGUAGUCUUGUGUAGGUAAUUGAUUAGUGCAUUGCACUCUAUUGUUAGAGAAAUUGCUAUCCAUGGCAUAUAUCUCCUGAAAUUCUUUCAUGCCUAUGUAACAAGGCAAGUUGACUUAACAUUUAUACUAAGGGCGUCAGCCACAUGUAAAAAAUAGGAGCAGAGCAUAAAUUAUCCUUUAUUUCAUCAAAACAUUCCUAUUUGGAAAUGUUCCAGUUGAAGCUUUUCUUCGUCAAGUAGUCCGAAUCAGAGAAAUGAGUGCUGUCGAAGUACCUGUUCAUCGUCAGAGAUGAGAAUUUCAGUUUAGGGUUGGCAUAGAAAUUCCUUUGUGGUCUCCUUACAGUUCAAUUCACCGUCUUAGUUCCUCCUUGGACUGGUAUGGUAGCCACCUUCAUCGGAGGGAAGAUGUCAUAGCUUUUGAUGUUAUGAAGUUCCUGUCAUACCUUUAUCAUGAAUUGUUGGAAUUCCAACAACGGUUUGUGUGCCGAUUGAGCUUUUCAGAAUGAAAGACAUCAAUCCGAAAACGAGUUGGAUUCAUGCUGACCCAUUUCCAAUUUCACGUCUAGUUCCGGUCAACCCGAAAACACGAAAUCAAUCCGAAAUUGACAUGCAUCCGAAUCGCAGUUUGCUCGCCUACUGAUUGCCUGCUCCGUCGAGCUCGCCGCCCAUCAUGUUCGCGCUUGCAUGAUCGCAAUUGCUUGCACUCGCAUCGUCGCAAGGUCACACCCACUCGCCUCGCACUUGUUUUUGCCUCGACCUCUGGUGCUUGUUUCGGCCAAUUUGGUUAGCGUGUUGGGUCAGGUUGACCCAGGUUUAGGGUGGGUCGGGUCUGGGUUUAGAUUUCGGACAAGUUUGUGUAAUCUUGGGUCAAAUUUGGGUCGGAUCAAUUGAGGGUGGGUUAGUUUUGGAUUGGAUUUGAACACAACUCAAAUAUUCAUUUUGACACCCCCUAUCUUUAAGUCGUGGCUGGCCUAUAAGAACUAAUCAUUAUUAGACUAAGCAUAAUUAACAUUAAUUAUGCAAUCAAGCUGCUAAAACAGAGAAAUAGAAACACAAAAGAGAGUAAAUAGUUUAGCUGCUUUCUUAUUUGGUGUGCGGGAAAAUCACAAACCAGUAAUAAUUAUGAUUUAUUUAAAAAAAAAAAUUAAUCCAAAGUCUUUAAAGAUUGCUCCAACUAAAAUAGUAUAUUUGUAUAUAAAUCGGUUUACUUUUGGAAUUAUAUAUUAGUAGUGUAACUUAGUCAAGCAAACUAAUGAGUCAUACAGAGCUCACCUGAGUCGAACCAAUGAGCUGAUAAAUCAAAAUUAAGAUAUUCUUGAUUCAACUCAUUAACUUCUUGUGAAGUGAUUAGUUUAAAAAAUGUAAAUAUAAAUAUACUUAAAUAUAUUAGAGUUGAAAAUUUUGCGUAUAAAAUUAUUGCUUAUUUAAAACUUAUAUUUUUUUCUUUAUUUUAAGCAUUUUUUAAAUUAUUUUCCUCUAAUUCCUCAUUAAUUUUGUUACAAUAGCUUGAUUUUUUUUUUUUUUUUAAUAAAGGAGUCAACUCGCCGGUUUAAACUCGUAGAACACUUAUUUAAUCUCUCAUGGAUUAGCCAGACAAUGAUGGUGUGGAAUAAUAAUUUGAUUAUAAUGAUUAAAUGAUGAUGGAUAUAUUAAAAAGCUGAUGAUAAUAAGAUGGUAAAUUUAAAAUUUUUAAUUCAAAUUUAUGUUAGUACUGAAAUCAAAAUAACAGCGACACAGCCUCAAUUCAAUAACAGAUUUUUUAUUUUUUUAAUAAUAAUAAAUUAUAAAUUAAAAAUAUGUGAUUUAAAAUUUAAUUUUAAAUAAACAAUUUUCUCCGCUAGAGCAACACUAAUUACACUGAUUGAUGACGGGGAGCAGCAAACGACAUGUAAUUCGCAUCCGACCCACCCCCGUAAACUGUUUAGCAAACUGCCAAAUCCCUAAAGGCUAAAGCUUCAAAAGUCAAAAACAAUUAAAUUAUAAUCUUUAAUCGAAAAAGAAAAUCGACAAGUUAAAUGGGUUUCCAGUAUCAUCCGCCACUAACCACACUACGCCCAGCCAGGCAAUGCCUUUCCACGUGACCAUACUCUUCCUCUGCCUUGAUUGCAGUUAUUAUUCGCAUUUCCCCCUUCUCACUCACCGCGCCGCGCCCAAACUUCUCUCGUCUUUCUCCUCUUCGCUCUUUUUUAUGUUUCCAAUUCCCUUCCUACAAUGCCGUGGCUACUUCUCCUGUUUUUCGCUCUGCCGUUGCCGGCGACCAAAGCCGCUUUUGACUCCCGUACGCUUCUCAGUGCCAAGGCAGCCGAUCUAGCCGACCCCGUCGGCCACCUCGACGAUUGGUCCCCUUCCACCUCCCCCUGCAACUGGACCGGCAUUACGUGCAACGCCGGCGGAAAAGUCAUCGCCGUCGUGCUCGAAGGGCUUGGCAUCUCCGGUAGCUUCCCCGCCUCCUUUUGCCGUAUCCACACCCUCCGCCGCUUAAUUCUCGGCGGCAACUUCCUCAACGGCUCUCUCCUCCCUUUUUCCUUCUCCCUCUGCUCUCGUCUCCACCAUCUCGACCUCUCCUCCAACUGUUUUGUUGGCUUCCUGCCCGAGACGGCCGCGGUGUUCCCGGAGCUCAUUCAUCUGGAUCUUUCACAAAAUAACUUCUCCGGUCCAAUACUCCCUGGAUUCGGCAGUAGUUUUCCAGCGCUCCGGGUGCUCGAUCUCUAUGGAAACCUUCUAUCGGGAACGAUACCACGCUUUCUCGCCAAUCUUACUGAGCUCACCCACUUCAAUCUUGCACUAAAUCCGUUCUCCCCUGCUCCGCUACCGCCGGAGAUCGGGAAUCUUACCAAGCUGGAAGCCCUCUGGCUCACAUUCUGUAACCUCGCAGACCAAAUUCCACAGUCGAUUGGAAAUCUAGCUAAGCUGCGGAACCUUGAUCUCUCCCACAAUGCGCUUACAGGGACGAUUCCUGAGAGUAUCGGACGGCUUGCAAGCAUCAACCAAAUAGAGUUAUAUGAAAACCAACUCUCCGGUGACCUUCCAGAGAUUUUGGGAAAUCUGACUUCACUGCGCUAUUUCGAUGUCUCAGAAAACAAUUUAACUGGGAGACUGCCGGAUAAGUUGGCCGGAUUGCAUCUGAUCUCGCUCGGGCUCAAUGAUAACUUCUUUAAUGGGAAGAUUCCGGCGGUUCUCGCCCUGAACCCCAAUCUUGUUGAGCUGAAGCUUUUCAAUAAUAGCUUCUCCGGCGAACUCCCUGCAGCGCUCGGUCUGUACUCUGAUAUCGAGCACUUCGACGUAUCCACGAAUCGGCUCAUCGGAAAGCUACCCCCCGAUUUAUGUGCCAGGCGAGCACUGCAAAGGCUUGUUGCCUUCGAUAACUAUUUAUCCGGCGAGCUUCCGUCGAGCCUCGGUGAAUGUAAGAGCCUCUUUUAUGUCCGAAUUCAAAACAAUGACUUCUCGGGAAGGAUUUCGGAUAGUUUCUGGAGCCUUCCCAAAAUCUACCUAAUCGAACUUCGCGGCAACAGAUUCAAUGGAUCUCUGCCGCCUGUGCUCUUCACCUUGCGGAACCUUACUCAACUCAUAAUCGCAGAAAAUGAUUUCUCCGGUACGAUUCCAUCGGCGAUCUGCCAGUUAUCAGAGCUUACGGUAAUUGAUGCCAGUGAAAAUCAACUCUCCGGUGAUCUACCUCUGUGCAUUGCAGGCCUCUCAAAGCUUCAGCAGCUUAAUCUGCAGAGCAACAUGCUCUCCGGCCGCAUUCCGGCCGGCUCAUGGCCGGCCCUCGUCGAGCUCAACCUGUCAAGAAACCAGUUCUCUGGUGAAAUCCCGAACAGCAUCGGAAAACUCGUCGUACUCACCUACCUGGAUCUCUCUGGAAACAGACUGUCAGGUGGGAUCCCCCCGGAGCUUGCUGUGCUCAAACUAAACGCCCUAAAUCUCUCCGGAAAUAAUCUCACCGGAGAAAUCCCGGCCGAUCUAUAUACUCAGGCGUCAAUUGGGGCUUUCUCAGAUAAUCCCGGGCUCUGCAGCGCUGUAAGUACCGAGCAGUUCCCUCGCUGCACAUCUCUGGCCGGGAUAGCCAUAAGCCGUUCCGCCCGUGCUUCUUGCUUUAUAGCUGCAGCUGUUAUUCUCAGCGCCGCCGCGCUUCUUGUUGCCUCGUUGUUGCUCCGCCGUCGUCGCCAUCACCGCCGGCAAGAGUGGAAGGAGGGCGGGAAUUUGGGUAAGACAACAUCGACGUGGAAGUUAACAUCGUUUCAGCGCGUGGGAUUUAACGAAUCGGAGAUUUUUGACCAUUUAACUGAACGGAAUUUAGUGGGUUCGGGACGGUCGGGUCGGGUCUACAAAGUUGGGCUGAAAACGGGCCAGGUUGUGGCUGUGAAACGUCUAUGGACCGGGCGGCGUGGGCCAGGUAGGGCAGUUGAAGACCUAGAAUUUCGGGCGGAAGUGGAAACAUUGGGGAGUGUGCGGCACGCAAAUAUCGUGAAGCUUCUAUUCUACUGCUCCGCGGAGGAAUGUAAGUUACUCGUGUACGAUUAUAUGGAAAACGGGAGUCUUGCCGAAGCGUUGCAUGGGGGAAAGAUAGGCGGUGAACCGUUGGAUUGGGAACGGAGGGCUAGGAUUGCACUAGGCGCGGCUCAGGGUUUGGCGUACCUGCACCACGAUUGUGUGCCGGCGAUCGUGCACCGCGACGUGAAGCCGAGCAAUAUACUGCUUGAUGCCGACUUUACCGCGCACGUGGGAGAUUUCGGACUCGCUCGGUUUUUGGGCUUGAACACGUGCAGCGGUGACUCGCUAAGCCAGCAAUUCAUGUCCCAUGUGGCGGGUUCUUGUGGAUACAUCGCUCCAGAGUAUGCAUACACGCUGAAGGUGAAGGAGAAAUCAGACGUAUACAGCUUCGGCGUUGUGUUGCUGGAGCUGGUAACAGGAAAGAAGGCUAUUGAUCCUUCUUUCGGGGAGAACGAAGAUAUAGUGAAGUGGGUUACAAGCUCCAUUGCUGCUCAUUCGACCAAGGAAGAUUUGAGGUUUCUAAUGGACUAUAGGCUGCAGCCAUGCUCGGCGAGCCAGUACAAGGAGAUGGUGAGGGUUUUGCAUGUAGGGAUACUCUGCACCUCCGCCUUCCCCAUGAACAGGCCUUCCAUGAGAAGAGUUGUGGACCUGCUUAGAGAUCACAGGGAUGUCAGCUUCUUGCUCUCUGCUUAUCAGAAACAGUGAUCGAACUUCUUGUUUUAUAUCUCGCUAUUUUCUUUUUCUUGUUGCGUGGAUUAAUGAAGGUCCUAUUUUUAAACAGAAAUUUUGUACUUUUUAAAUGCUGCAGUACUGAAAUCAAAUUCAUGUAA